UAAAAUGUAAUACCAUUCAACUAAAAAGAAAAGGACAGUUUGUAUUUAUGAAAAUUAAUCUAGAAAAAGUUAAAAUCUAAAAAUACUUAAAAAAUCAAAUAAACGAGGAAAUGGAUACAACAAAAAGCAGACUUUCAGAGAAAAGAAAAAAAAAAACGUUAAUCGAAGAAGAAAAUAAGAAGCGAAAUUAAAGUCUGGCGGCGAACCAUUUUUGAUUUCGAUUCUUCUCUUUCUGCAGUUCCAAUGGUUUAUAAGUGCCAGUUCAUUGAUUGUUGGAUUUCUUUGUUUAUUGGAUCGAGCAGUGAAGAGAAGUUGUCAGUAUAACUGACGAAGGGGGAAAAAAGGAGCAAGAGAUUGUAUUAGGGCUUCGGAUGUUGGAAUUUGAACUUUGAAGUGCUAGUAUUUCAGGUAUUGGGGGUAGUCAACUCCUGUGGUUGUGGUUGGGAGUGUGGAGAAUGAAUGAAGUAUGAUGACUGGGAUUAGAUGGAAUAGUUGUCGAUGGGCUCCCCUGACAACAAACUAUCUGACCUGGUUGAUAUAGUUAAGUCGUGGAUACCUUGGAGGACUGAGCCACCGAAUGUGUCAAAGGAUUUUUGGAUGCCUGAUCAUAGUUGUAGGGUAUGCUACGAGUGUGAUUCCCAAUUUACAGUAUUUAAUCGUAGGCAUCAUUGUCGAAUUUGUGGCCGAGUUUUUUGUGCCAAGUGUACAGAAAACUCAGUUCCUGCCUCAUCUGCUGAGCCGAGGACUGGUCGGGAAGAUUGGGAAAGGAUUAGAGUAUGCAAUUAUUGCUUCAAGCAAUGGGAGCAGGGCAUAGCAGCUGUUGAUAGCGAGACCAAGGCGCCUAGUCCUGGUCUCAGUCCAUCACCAUCUGCAACAAGCUUGGUCAGUACCAAGUCCAGCUGCACCUGUAAUAGUGGUAGCAGCACUGUUGGUUCUACUCUGUUUUCAACUGGGCCAUACCACCGUGUGAACUAUAAUUCUGGUCUUAGUCCUUGUGAAUCUGCCCAGAUGAAUGCACCUACUGAACAAAACAAUGAGACAUCUGGGAUGAGCACAAAUCCAAGUUCAGCCAUGGUGGAUUCUUCCAACCAUUUUGGUCUUUGUAGUUACAGGAGUGAUGACGAAGAUGGUGGUUAUGGUGCAUAUCGUUCAAAUUCAGAAUGUAGGCGUUAUGCUCUUGCUGAGGAGUUUUCUAGUGCUAUCAAUAUCGACAAAAUUGGCUGUGUUUAUGAAUCAGAUAAAGUGCAUCCUGAUGGCGAGGACAUUGACUCAAAAAAUUUGAGUGGUUCACCAUUAGCUGAGAAUUUCGAUACACAAAGUGUGGACGGAAUCAAGAAAUUUGAAGAAGUAAAUGAGCAAGAAAACACUGAUCAGGAUGAAGCUCUUGCUUAUUAUGUGGAUGGUACAGAUGCUGAGCCUGUUGAUUUUGAGAACAAUGGGCUACUGUGGCUCCUUCCAGAACCUGAAGAUGAAGAGGAUGAGAGAGAAGCUGCUCUAUUUGAUGAUGAGGACGAUGAUGAGGGUGCUACAGGGGAGUGGGGAUAUUUACGCCCUUCAAAUAGCUUUGGAAGUGGGGAGUAUCGUAGUAGGGUUAAGUCUGGUGAGGAGCAUAGACAAGCCAUGAAAAAUGUGGUGGAAGGGCAUUUUAGGGCUUUGGUAUCUCAGCUUUUGCAGGUUGAAAACAUCCAUGUGGGUGACGAGGAUGGUGGAGAGAGUUGGUUGGAUAUAAUCACAUCUUUGUCAUGGGAAGCCGCAACACUUCUGAAGCCAGAUACAAGUAAGGGAGGAGGAAUGGAUCCAGGAGGAUAUGUGAAAGUUAAAUGCAUAGCUUCUGGGCGUCGCUGUGAAAGUGCUGUGGUUAGAGGAGUUGUCUGUAAGAAAAAUGUGGCCCAUCGUCGAAUGUCAUCAAAAAAAGAUAAACCUCGUUUUCUAAUCCUUGGAGGAGCUCUGGAAUAUCAGCGUAUUUCUAACCACUUGUCAAGUUUUGAUACAUUGUUGCAGCAGGAAAUGGACCAUUUGAAGAUGGCAGUUGCUAAAAUCGAUGCACAUCAUCCUAAUGUUCUCUUGGUGGAAAAAUCUGUGUCACGGUAUGCUCAAGAGUACCUUCUUUCCAACGACAUAUCACUUGUUCUCAAUAUUAAGAGGCCACUCUUAGAGCGUAUAGCCCGCUGCACUGGUGCUCAGAUAGUUCCAUCCAUUGAUCAUCUAACAUCGCCGAAGCUGGGGUACUGCGAUGUGUUCCAUGUGGAGAAAUUUCUUGAGGAGCAUGGAAGUGCUGGUCAAGGUGGGAAGAAAUUGACAAAGACUCUAAUGUUUUUUGAGGGUUGCCCAAAGCCUCUGGGUUAUACUAUUUUGCUCAAGGGUGCCCAUGGAGAUGAACUGAAAAAGGUAAAACAUGUGGUCCAAUAUGGAGUUUUUGCAGCUUAUCACUUGGCUCUCGAAACAUCAUUUCUUGCAGAUGAAGGUGCUACACUUCCGGAGCUCCCUUUAAAGUCUCCUAUAAAUGUUGCCUUACCCAAUAAACCAUCAAGUAUUGACAGGUCUAUUUCCACCAUACCUGGUUUUACCGUCCCAUCCUCUGGGAAGCCUGUGGCUUCUCAACCUAUAAAUAAUUUUCAGAAAUCCAACGAAGUUGUCAUCUCAGAUAGCUCAUCAUCUGCCAACAUUGACCCCCCUUGCCAAUCUGUAGGGGUCAGUUCAUCUAGCUUGUCAAAAGGUCCUCACACUACGUCCAAGGAAUCUGCCUCGGACUCUGAUGAAGCUAUUGCUUCCUUGAAUUCACUCUCUGCUUUGAGGGAUGAUAUCUCUUAUAACAGUGUUUCCUCCAUAAGUCAUGCAUUUUGUAAGGACAAUAAAGUGGAUCCUAAAGAAUCUCUUCGAACUAAAACAACUAGCAAUGGAGAAGCUAUAAUGAGUGACCCAUUUAUUUCUCUUUGUCAAAGAUUAUCAGAAGCAGCAGAGCAAUGUGAUGAUCCUGGUGGCAGUAAUCAUGCUGAUGGCAGUAGCGUGAUGGCUGCCAAUCAUCUGGGCAGCAGAGAGUUGCAAUCCUCAAAGCAAGAGAUUAGCAACAAAUCUGAAGAGAUGGGGUCCUCGAAGGAAGAGUUUCCUCUUUCACCUUCAGACCACCAGAGCAUUUUGGUGUCUUUAUCAACACGUUGUGUGUUGAAGGGAUCUGUGUGUGAACGAUCCCUUCUCUUUCGAAUCAAGUAUUAUGGGAGCUUUGAUAAGCCUUUGGGGCGAUUUUUACGAGAUAAUCUGUUUGAUCAGAGCUUCCAUUGUCGUUCAUGUGAGAUGCCAUCUGAGGCACAUGUUUAUUGUUAUACUCAUCGGCAAGGUAGCCUGACAAUAUCUGUUAAGAAGCUGUCAGAGCCUCCCUUAUCCGGAGAGCGGGAAGGCAAGAUUUGGAUGUGGCAUAGGUGCUUGAAAUGCCCUCGGACCAAUGGGUUCCCUCCAGCCACUCGAAGAGUUGUAAUGUCUGAUGCUGCUUGGGGUUUAUCCUUUGGGAAAUUUUUGGAGCUGAGCUUUUCUAACCAUGCAGCUGCUAGCAGAGUUGCAAGCUGUGGUCAUUCCCUUCACAGAGAUUGUCUUCGAUUCUAUGGUUUCGGGAGAAUGGUUGCUUGUUUUCGAUAUGCCUCCAUUGAUGUUCAUUCCGUAUAUCUUCCACCUUCAAAACUGGAAUUUAAUUAUGAUAAUCAGGAGUGGAUACAAUGUGAAGCAAAUGAGGUGAGUAACAGGGCAGAAUUUUUAUUUACUGAAAUGUACAAUGCUCUUCGAAAGAUCUCAGAGAAACUAUCAGGCCCAGGGUCACAAGAUUGUGGCAUUAAGGCACCUGAAAGAAACAUCUGUAUCGAGGAAUUGGAAGCAAUGCUCCAAAAGGAUAGAGAAGAACUUCAGGAAUCUUUACAGGAAGCACUUUGUAAGGAGCUUAAAGCUGGCCAUCCUGUUAUUGACAUUCUUGAGAUGAAUAAGUUACGGAGGCAAAUACUCUUUCUGUCUUAUGUUUGGGACCAACGACUGAUACAUGUAUGCGGUUCAAUUAACAAUAAUAUACAGGAAGUUAUGAGCAGCCCCAUUCCUAAACUUGGGUUGAAGCCUGUAAAUUCUAUGGAAAAGCUUCCUGAGAUGAAUGUCAGUCCCAAACCAAGUAAAUCCUUCAAUAGUUGCGAAUCUGCCCUAGUUGAGACCAAGCCUAACAUAAAAAUGAAUCAAGGAGGCAAUGCUGGUGUAAUUGACAAAUCAGGUGGAGAUCACCCAGAAAAGGGCAUAGGCGAGGAUUUUAAUAACAGGAAGGAGGCUGAACCUUCUGUUUCUUCUAGUAUAAAUACCAGUGAGAAUUCUGAUUCUCCUGAAUCUGGAAAAGUAGUACAAAGGGCCCGGUCAGAAGGGGAAUUGCCAAUUAUGGCAAAUUUAUCUGACACCCUUGAGGCAGCAUGGACUGGUAAAAGUCACCCAGCUAGCAUGAAUUCUAAGGAGAAUGGUUACUCUGCUCCUGAUUCAGUUGCAGUGGAUGUGUCAGGUGCAGUAAAUUUGGAUCUGGGAGUUCUUGCUAGUGAUCGUGGUGAAGGGGAGGUGACUCGUUCUCCUCAGCCUUCUUUGCCUGCUAAGAAACUUGAAAGCCUGGAGAAGUCAAUGAGCUGGGCAAACAUGCCAUUUCCAAAUUUCUACAGCUCAUUUAACAAGAACUCUUCAUUCAAUCCUCGAAAGCUAAGUAUCAACGACCAUAGUCCAGUUUAUGUAUCUUCAUUUAUGGAGUUGGAAAGGCAAUGUGGUGCCAGGUUGUUGCUUCCUCUUGGUGUUAAUGAUACAGUAGUGCCUGUUUAUGAUGAUGAGCCCACUAGUAUUAUAGCCUAUGCACUUGUCUCAUCAGAUUAUCAUUCACAGAUGUCUGAGGUGGAGAGACCAAAAGAUGCUGCAGAUUCUGCAGUUUCAUCGUCGCUUUUUGAAUCAGUAAAUCUACUCUCACUUAAUUCUUUUAGUGACGUAUCAUCUGAGGCUUACAGAAGUUUUGGAUCUGGUGAUGAUAGUAUCUUGUCUUUGUCUGGGUCAGGCUCCCUGGUUUCUGACCCUCUCUUGUAUACAAAAGAUCUGCAUGCUAGGGUUUCUUUUACAGAUGAUGGUCCCCUUGGGAAGGUGAAGUAUUCUGUAACAUGCUAUUAUGCAAAGCGGUUUGAGAGCUUGAGGAGGACUUGCUGCCCUUCUGAGCUAGAUUUUGUACGGUCUCUCAGUCGUUGUAAGAAGUGGGGUGCCCAAGGUGGCAAGAGCAAUGUCUUCUUUGCAAAAACUUUAGAUGAUCGGUUUAUCAUCAAACAAGUUACAAAGACAGAAUUAGAAUCAUUUGUUAAGUUUGGACCAGCUUAUUUCAAAUAUUUGUCUGAGUCAAUCAAUACAAGAAGCCCAACUUGCCUGGCCAAGAUAUUGGGCAUGUACCAGGUUUCAUCAAAGCACCUUAAAGGAGGGAAGGAGUCCAAAAUGGACAUGUUGGUGAUGGAAAAUCUUCUCUUCAGGCGUAAUAUUACAAGGCUUUAUGACCUUAAAGGAUCAUCUCGGUCUAGGUAUAAUCCUGAUACAAGUGGCAGCAACAAAGUUCUUCUGGAUCAGAAUUUGAUUGAAGCAAUGCCGACUUCUCCAAUUUUUGUUGGAAGCAAGGCAAAACGGUUGUUGGAGAGGGCUGUCUGGAAUGACACUUCCUUUCUUGCAUUAAUCGAUGUAAUGGACUACUCAUUACUUGUUGGUGUGGAUGAGGAAAAAAACGAGCUUAUUCUCGGAAUAAUCGAUUUCAUGAGGCAAUACACAUGGGACAAACACCUUGAAACAUGGGUGAAGACCUCAGGCAUCCUUGGAGGGCCUAAAAACACCUCACCGACAGUGAUAUCACCCCAACAAUACAAGAAACGAUUCAGAAAAGCCAUGACAGCUUAUUUUCUCAUGGUGCCAGAUCAGUGGUCUCCUCCAACGAUUGUUCCAAGCGGGUCACAGACAGACCUUUGUGAAGAAAAUAAUAACAGUACACAAAGUGGUCUCCUUCAACAAUGAUGUGCAAUCCUUCUGCCUGUGUGUCAAGACUCAAUAUGUAAGUUCAAUACCUUUCUUUCUUUUCACCUUCUUUUAUUUUUUAAAAGAAAAUAUAAUUUUUGCCUCUUUUUUUUUUUUUUUUUUUUUCUUCCAUCCAAUUGUAAUUUCUAAAUGGCUGCCACUUUGUAUCAUCAUCAUCAUCAAUGUAUGCAUCUGUUAUUUUUUUAGUUAUAAGCAGGAUGUUUAAUUCAAGUGAGAUAUCCAGUCAAAUAAGGUAAUCCAAAUAUUCAUGUUACGCUCGUGUUUACUAUAAACACUUGUUAUAAUCGUGUUUAACAAGUUUUACAGAUUAUAUGUAUGUGUAUAUAUUUUUAUAUUAUAAAAUAAGGUUUUUCUUUUGGAUAAUAUUACAUUUGGUACUUUUAUUUUCUAAAAAUGUCUAAUGCGGUGUUUAUAUUUUGGAAAUUUUCAUUGUAGUAUUUGAACUAUCAAUAUGUACUUUUACAAUUCAGGUACCAUAUUGGACUUUUUCAAAGUAGAAGCACCACUAUGUUUUUUUAAAAAGUACAAGUACAAUAUUUGACAAUUUAUGAAAGUACAAGUAUUAUAAUUGAACAAGCAUUGAUAGUUAAGGUAUUGGACAUUUUCGGACGUUUUCAAAGUACAGGUAUUGUGAUAUUAUUCUUAAAAAAACAACAGUUCUGUUGGCAUGUUUAAAAUAUUUAUGGAAGAUAGGCGGAAUGGUUAUUUGUAACAUAAA